AUGCAGGCGCUGUUGGCACGCCGGGCUCCUGUGUUGCUUUGGUCCUCCGUGUUCUCGCAUACCAUCUGUGAUGGUGCAUGCUUUGUGCAUGGUAGCGGGAGUGUAGAGAAGCGUCCCAGUCGGCGCCGCUAUGCCGCCUUCAACACGAGCGGACGCUGUGGGGAGGCAAAGGAGCUGGUGCACGCGAUGAAGAAGAUGUCAGCACAGGACGCGAAGGCACUCUAUGAUGCUCUGCAUCCACGUGUCAGGCUGGACAUUAUGCGACUGCUCUCUGAAAAGCGAAGAAAGCGACAGAGCGAUCGGGUCACGUCUAAGCUGACAAAGUACUACAGCGUUCCGUUCGAGAAGAACUACUUCUUUCGCGAAGAGGAUGUGGAGGAGAUGAGUACGCUGGGCAAAGGCCCAGGUGGGCAGGCGACGAACAGGCGAAUGCAGACCGCUAUCGUGAAACACGUACCCUCUGGACUCAUCGUGAAGUUCAGCCGCUUUCCUUCGCUGUGGCUGAAUCGCCGAGCUGCUCGUGAGCUUCUCAGCCUGCGACUGGAGGAGCAUCUCCUGGGACCGACCUCACAGCUAGGCAAAAUCCGCGUGGCGCGGGAGCGGCGCCGGCGGCGGCAGCAGCGGACGUUGAAGUACCUGAGCGAAAAGGGAGCCCGACUGCAGACGAAGGACACGCGGCGUUGCCACUGGCUGGCCUUUCUUACUGGUGAGUCUCCACUACCGAGCGCGGCUGUCUCUCAGAUGGCGCUGGAGGAGGAUGCCGCGGCGGUACCAGUGACGACGGCAGUGCUCUUCGGUCCAGAGUGCAACACGUGGUGGCCCAAGUUGAGAGCUGCCUCCCAGAGUACUGCAGCUGCGGCUCCCGACAGCACUGGUGAUGGCGGUGUGCCGCUCUUUUUGCAGUAUCUCUUCCCUGUCGCUUACGCUGAUAGCAGCCCCGCGGAGCGGGAGGAAAUGGCGGCAUGCAAGUCGAGCAAGGCGGUGCGCACGAACGUGAGGCGAGCGCUGUCGUGCUUUUGUGAGCUCUUCGGUCUUCGCUUGCGUCGUAUUGCGGCAUCGGCGCCGAUCGAAGCAUCACGAGUGGUCCUCGAGAGAGACGGGCUGAACUGGGUGGAACGCAAAUCACGCUUGACAAAGAACGGCUCCAUGACUCCGUUGGCUCGCGCGUGUUGGCCACGCGUGUAUAUGAGUGUUCGCGAGCUUGGCAUGUCACCAGAGGCACGUGCGAUUGUCGUCUUUUUCAAGAAGGAGGUGCGGACUGCCUUAGGGUCAGCAUCAGGGGCGUGGGCAGUGGAGGCGUUGCAGUGUCUUACCGAGGCAGUCCGGCGAAGCAAGUCGGCAGUGACCGUACAGCUGUCCAGCGGAACUUCAUCUCCGACAAGGAGGGGGGAGUAG